AUGGGCAAACAAUUAAAUGAUACUGAUCCUUAUAUAAAAGAAGCUCGGAAUACAAAAGAGAAUGGGUUCUACAUGUUUGUCACCCAAGAGCGAUUUUUAUCAACUCAUUCAGAGUUCAUUAUUCGUAACAAGGAUGUGGAUUCGAUAUGGUGGAAAAAGGUUAUUACAAUUCAGCAAUUUGGGGUAUUUUUUGGAUCAUUGAUAUUUGGGUGGGUAUCCGAUCAUAUUGGAAGAAAGACUGUUUGCCAAUACUCGCUGCUGUUUUCUUCGAUAAUCCUUUUAAUAGAGGGAUUUCUUACGAAUACAAUUGCUAUUACGGUAUGUCGGUUUGUUAUCGGAACUCAAGCCGGAGCUAUGAUCAUUGUCGCUUGGAGCCAUACAACGGAGCUCAUUUCUCCAAAGACAAGAUUUCUUGCUCGAGCAUUUUCCAACUGGCCAAAUGCGAAAGUUGUUCUUGUGGCGGUCUGUUCAUUUUCUCAAAACUGGAGAAUAUCCCUCCAUGUCAGUUCCGCAUUGACACUGGUUGCUUCCGGAUUAUAUUUUUUUGGAAUGCCGGAAAGCCCGACAUGGUUACACUGCCACGGUCAGAGAGAAAAAGCUCAACAGGUCAGCGGAAGAGUUUUUGAGAAAUCCGGUGGUCUUUGCAUUAUUGAUUUGCCAACCGGAAUAAAAAACAAAAGUUUGACGUUCUCGCAAAUCUGGAAGAAGGAGAAAUACAGAAAUGUGAUCAUAUUAUUCGGAGCAAUUUGGAUUAUGACAAACUUCACAAAUACCAUGCUUGAUUUUUCCGAAGUCAACAUUUUGAAUGGAUUGUUGACCAGUCAGCUAUUAUUAGCAGUGGUGCCAUCUGUCUUGAAAAUGUUACUUGGAACAACGGAAAUUUACUUAGGAAUUAUUAACAGAAGAAAUCUUCAUUUGGUUUCUCUAUUCAUCAACGGAGUUUCAAUGUUGAUUUGCGGAAUAUUUUUGACGACCCAUUUAGAAAAAAAGUUUAAAAUUUUCUACGUUAUCAUAUAUCUCAUUGGAUAUUCUUCAAUGGAAUUCGUAUGGGAUGCGUGCUUUUUAUGUGUCGUGGAGCAGGUCCCAACUGAAGUGCGAGGCACCGUCUGUGGUACAUGCUCAUUUCUUUCCAGAAUCGCGGGUGUAGCUGCAACAAACAUGGUUCACGUCAAGAAAUUAUGGGCAGCUGCUCCUUUGUACACUGCGGCUUCAACUGCUCUACUUCAUUUCACUCUUGCCUAUUUUUUUAUGGAUGAUAGUAAAGACGCGAAUUUGGGAGAAGUCGGAUUCGAUUUGAGGCGUCUUAGUCGAAAAGUUUCGCAAAAAAUCAACCAACAAUUGAAUCGUUUUCGUCGAGAAAGCAAAACACCUGAUUCGACAAACGAAAAAUUCUAA